AUGGUGUGCGCGAAGUGCGAGGUGAAACUGAAACGGGUGAUCACCCCGGACCCGUGGAUGCAAAAAGUCAACGCCUCUGCGAAGAGCAGCGGUACUACGAGUACGAAACUCAACGAAAACAAAGCUUUAUCCUCUUCCAAAAACUACGUCCUCGGCUCUCAACAGUGUCAAGUGUGUAAAAAAUCGCUCCACCAACCCGGUCUGUUUUGCCAACCGUGCGCGUUUCAGCAAGGGAAAUGCGCGAUGUGCGGGGUCGAAGUCCAAGACGUGUCCAUGCAUAACGUCGGCGGGGAUUUGGAGAGGAAGUUGAGAGAGAAGACGACGAGAGAGAAGUCGGAGAAGUUGAUGAAAUUGGAAAAGUUGGAGGAAGAGAGAGACAAGGAGGAGGAAGAGAAGAGGGAAAGGAAAAAGAGGAAAAGAGAAGAGAAGGAAAAGGAGAAGGAAGAGAGUAAAGAAAAAGGCGAGGAAGAGAAGACGGUUGCUAAAAUCGAACCAACUGGGGCGACAAACUUGGUCGGUUCGCUAUUGCAACAAUCCGCCGGUUCGACGACGCCGACGACAUCUUGGCAAUACGACGGCAAAAGCGGGUAUUACUUCGACGCGUCGAAGAUGCAGUAUUACGAUCCGAAGACCAAGUUGUACUUUUGUUGCAGAACGAAUAAAUGGUUGAAGCCGGAAAACGAAAAACCGAAAAAUGGGACGUUCAAGAGCGGCGCGAGAAAGCCGGACAAGUUCGGUUUGUGA